AUGAUGGUGCCGUUUGAUUCCAAGCGUCGCCAGCGCCGCCUUGCUCCGAGGCCAUCACCAGCGUUGAUCAGGGCGCUAUUGUGGGCGACACCUCUAGCUGAAGACGCUAGAGCAUAUGGCGGGCGCUAUUGUGGGCCACACCUCCAACCGAAGACGUUGGAGUAUAUGGUGGGCGCUAUUGUGGGCCACACCUUCAGCCGAAGACGCUAG